UGCCUGGAACAGAACCAGCCUUCCGCCAGGGUUCAUGUUGCAGAACAGUCCUGUAAGGGUAUUUGGAGUUAUAAAUACUUGACCAGUCUCCAGGGGUGGGGUUUUUCCAAGCCUUUAAACAACCGUCUUCCCGGUUACCAAGCUCCUCACUCUUUGCUCUGGGUGCCAGAAUUGGUUGCGGUGGGGCAUCUGAGAAGUAAAUAAAAUGGAACAUAACGGAUCGGCUUCCAAUGCUGAUAAAAUCCACCAGAAUCGCCUGUCGAGUGUUACAGAGGAUGAAGAGCAAGACACCGCUGUCACCAUCGUGACGGUCCUGGACAAGGUCGCCUCCAUCGUGGACAGCGUGCAGGCCAGCCAGAAGCGAGUGGAGGAGCGGCACAGGCAGAUGGAGGAUGCCAUCAAGUCUGUCCAGAUAGACCUGCUGAAGCUCUCACAGUCCCACAGUGGCACAGCCUAUGCUGUGAACAAGCUGUUCGAGAAAACCCAAAAAGUCAGCGCCCACAUUAAAGACGUGAAGGCUCGCGUGGAGAGGCAGCAGGUUCAUGUGAAAAACGUCGAAUCCAGGCAAGAGGAAAUAAUGAAGAAAAAUAAGUUCCGUGUGGUUAUUUUCCAGGAGGAGAUUCAGUGUCCCACAUCCCUGUCUAUUGUUAAAGACAGCAGCCUGGCUGAGAAGCAGGAGGCGGGCGACGAAACCCUCGAUCCCCCCAUUGAUCUGUCUUCUGAUGAGGAAUAUUACGUUGAAGAAAGCAGAUCUGCUCAGCUCAGAAAGUCGGGCAAGGAGCGCAUCGACAAUAUCAAAAAAGCGUUUUCCAAAGAAAACAUGCAGAAGACGCGGCAGAAUCUUGACAAGAAAGUGAACAGGAUUAGAACUAGAAUAGUGACCCCAGAGAGGAGAGAGCGGCUGAGGCAGUCUGGGGAGAGACUGAGGCAGUCAGGGGAGAGGCUGAGGCAGUCGGGGGAGAGAUUUAAGAAAUCUAUUUCUAACGCAGCACCCUCCAGGGAAGCUUUUAAGAUACCUAAUCUUAGGAGAGGUAAAGACAGAACCGGGGCCGGAGGUCUGGAGGGUGCCAGGGAAGUGGGUGUGGGCCCCGGCCCUGAGCUCUGCCCCGAUGAGUCCAGUGGGGCCGAACAGGAACAAGCCUGGCCCGUGUGUCCUCCUCGCGAAGGAGAGGAAACCACGACCCCUGAACCCUUACGAGUUACCUUUAAACCCCAGGUGAAAGUAGAGGACGAUGAAUCUCUUUUGCUAGAUUUAAAGCCGUCAUCAUAA